GCCGAGGGGCGGGGACUGCGGACGUUAGAGUCAUGGCGCUUCUGCUCCGCAGCCCCUGGGGUCUCCGCUUCCGAGAGGCAUUUCUGCAGGCUGUUCGGAGCCGAUCAGUUAGCGGUGUCCUCGGCGUCAGGGCCAAACACGGGGACGCAGGGUCCAUUACAAAACAUGAGCCAUCUCACGCCAAGAGUGAGUGGCGAAAGAAGCUGACUCCAGAGCAAUUCUAUGUCACCAGAGAAAAAGGAACUGAACCGCCUUUCAGUGGGAUCUACCUGAAUAACAGGGAAUCGGGAAUGUAUCACUGCGUGUGCUGUGACAGCCCACUCUUCAGCUGUGGCUUUGGGAAUGUCUUCCUUAGUUCUGAGAAGAAGUACUGCUCUGGCACCGGAUGGCCCUCGUUUUCUGAGGCCCAUGGAACAUCCGGCUCUGAUGAAAGUAACACAGGAAUCCUGAGACGUGCGGACACCUCGUUAGGAUCAGUUCGCACAGAGGUUGUCUGCAAGCAAUGUGAAGCUCACCUUGGCCAUGUGUUUCCUGAUGGACCUGGGCCCACUGGUCAGAGGUUCUGCAUCAACAGUGUGGCGCUGAAAUUCAAACCAGGGAAACCCUGACUCCCUCUGAGAGUCCCGUUCCCUUGCCACUCCUUGGUUUUCACCCUCAAUUUUCAAAAUUCACCUGACUGACUUGUUCAUUUAAUCCCAAACUGGACUAAAUUUGCUGCUGGCACAAAGCAAGUCACAGCUUCUCUAAUAAUGUAUUCAUCUGGAAUGAACUUGACCCUGACUCUGGCUCUGACUGUGGAAUCUCACAAUGUGGCAGAGGGACAGCCAUUUCCAGCCAAUUGGCUCCUGUAGGCUCUGCCUGGGACCUGAGGGCAUGACUCUUUGGGGAAUAUCAGGAGGCUGAUAAGCAAAAAAAUGUCUACAAAACUACCCUGAAGUUUCCAUUGCAGUUAAGUCCUCAUGGGCUUAUAUAGAUGCAAAAGAAGAAGGGAAAUAGGGGAUUGAUCAGCAGUCCAGCAAUGAAAGAAGCGCCGAGGGGUAGGAUUGUGGAAGAGCUCUGCUUUGGGAGGCACAUGUGGUGGGGGAUGGGAUGCAUGACUCUUUCUCAAAAUUUAGAACGUCUGGAACAUUCUAGGUCCAACCUUGUGGCCCCCAAAUAAGUUCCGGUGGGAGUGUGUUAGGUUGUAGCAACAGUGAGUAAAAAUGCCUACAAAGUUAGACUUCAAAGUGUUCAAAUAAAAUGUUUACUAAAAUUUA